GUCGAUUUCCUUAUUCCAAUUUCUCUCUCAUGAUUUCCUUUCUAGUUGUGUUCUCUCUAAAUCAGUCAUUCUUUCUUCUACACUCCUUACCGAGACCCAUAGUCUCAUCUAAUAUUGAAACCAAUUACUCUCCUUAUUAUAAUAUUUUCUUACCAUAGACCCUAGAGGUCCUGUACAGUUUGACGAAUCAUCAGCAAGGUAAUUUUAUGGAGUUAGGAAACGCAGAUUGGGUAUCACCAGUUAUAGCCUUUUUACCGUUCAUAUUUUGCAAGCAAAUAGCUCGUCUCACAUAAUUGUCGUUCAACCGGCCGUUCUAGUAUCAUAUAUAUAUAAGAAAGCAAAAAUAAUACGGGGGGGAAAGCCAUGCCUUCGCGUAGAGUCUUGCCGAUGCUCUCCAUAUUUUCAAGGAAGUCCACGACUCCGACAGCACCUCCUACUUCUUCACCACCACCUGAUAUCCGAACUACUCCUAUUCCCUUGACUCCGCCUGCUCGCCUACAUCUUCGACACAUCUUGCCCUCGACACCAGAUGGCCUGCCUACACCACCUCCACCUCCUCGGAAACCGCUCCCCUGGUUGUGGCAGUGCCACUCAUGUGACACUGUCUACCGGAUCGGCUGCACUCGUCGCUGCCUUGUCUGUUCUCACAACUAUUGCCUCUCAGCAACUCCUCUAAAGACACUCAAGGGCAAGAAACGUCGCCGUAGUGGGAUGUGUGCUUCUGAGUUCGACUACAACGGGUGGGAAGAAUGGGGGGCGUGGCGUCGGAAAGUCCUCAGCAUGGAGACUGUCAGCCGGACAGAAAGGCAGCGUCGGCAGGCCUUCUUCCAUGAGUCACACAAUUGCAUGGUCGAUUGCAACUAUCCUUCUGAAUGCCACCAUGUUAGACAUAAGGUACGAUCAGAAGAAUUCAGGAAGACGUUGCUUGAGGCACUUCCAGAGGAGCCACAAUCUCCACCAAUUGUUGCCAGUGUGCCGAUGAGCCCUGACGACGACCUGCCUCUGAACGUGGCGAGAACAGUGCUAGAAGAAGAGGACAAGGGAAACGGGCAUAGAAGUCCUACAAGUCCUAGAAGCCCGCUCGGUGAAAUGAGUUUCCCCGAGAAUGAAUCUGGGCCGGGGGAGGAUAAAGUAUGGUGGGCCGACACUGAGGAACAUGAUAAAAACAUCAAAUCGACCCAGGAGAUUCAGAAGCUCACUGACGAGCCAGGGGGGCCAGGUAAGGCUGGCUCCCCCACUGACGGUGCCGAAGACUUCGAUUCCGAAACUUUAUACGCUGCCUUAGCAGAAGACGAAAACAUGAUGCCUCUUGACCUAGUCGACUACGUCGCAAGUACACGACGCGAAUCAAAAGAAUUCAGUCGAGAGCAUCCUAAGCAUAGCAGUAAAUUAACUGUUCGGAAUUUGACCGACGCCGAUAGGUGCGAAGAUUGGGAAGAGUCAACGGAUAGUGAUUCUGACGGUGGUUCCAUGUUAUCAUUACCUUCUUCGUCUUCGUCGCUUGAUGGGGAAUGGCUACUGGCUAGCGAAUUUGUACCCGCUUCCGAGGCUGGUAGUGAACGGGACGAGAACAAGUUUGAAAAGAAAUUAGAAUAAUUAAGGCAAUAAUCGAACCUGGAAGUUCGUUUUUGUGGGAUUAACGGGUUGAUAUUAGCAACAAGGACUAGUAUCGGUAAUUUUAUAUUCUUACAUACGCAGCGAACAUGAGUUUUAGAUAUAUUACAUUAUGAGGACACAUGAUACCCUCUUUCAA